AUCACUCCGGGAGAACUGGCCCUGUAUUACUCCUAUUUUUCUAUCCGUUUUCUUGUGAUUCGUUGUUUUGAAAUUUUGAAUGUUUUGAUACUCAUUACUCAAUACUCAUGGUUCUUUCGACUGUUUUUACUUUAUUAAACCUAAUACGAUUUUUGACUUCUGUGUUAUAAUUUUUGGCUCCGUCUAAAUCCCGCUGCUUACUCCUAACAAUGGCAUCUGGGUCUGAGUCUCUGAAGCAAAAUCCCACAGAUCCUGAGUCUGAGUCUCUGAAGCAAAAGCCCACAGGUUCUGGGUCUGAGUCUCCGAAGCAAAAGCCCAUAGGUUCUGGGUCUGAGUCUCCGAAACAAAAGCCCACAGAUCCUGAGUCUGAGUCUCUGAAGCAAAAGCCCACAGGUUCUGGGUCUGAGUCUCCGAAGCAAAAGCCCACAAGUUCUGGGUCUGAGUCUCCAAAGCAAAAGCCCACAGGUUCUAAGUCUGAGUAUCUGAAGCGAAAGCCCAUAGGUCUUGUGGCUGAGUCUCUGAAGCGAAAGCUCACCGGUCCUGGAUCAGAGUCUCUGAAGCGAAUGCCCUCAGGUUCUGGUUCUGAGUCUUGGAACCGAAAGCCCACAGGUCCUGGCUCUGAGUUUCGGAAGCGAAAGCCCACAGGUCCUGGAUCUGAGUCUCGGAAGCGACAGCCCACAGGUCCGCAGGGUUAUAACGACGCUGUGUGGAAAUUCACAAAAGGAACGGUGGACAAAAAGUUGGAGAAGUCUGAACCUUACAGAAUAUUUAUGACUCCGAUAUCUUGUGAUCCAGGAACACACACUGAAGAAUCAACACUGUCGUUUGCAGAGCUCUUAGACAAAAGUCUCGGUGAUUUGACCGAAUCACUUCACUUAAACUUCAUGGUCGAGCUCGGCUGGCUCUUUGCUCAAUAUUUUAUAACUGAUCAAAGAGGGAAAAAUAUGACACUUUUAUAUGAACGUUGUAAUGAAGAUAUAGAUGAGUUACAUAAAAAGAAGAAAUUACUAAAUGUUAGACAUAAAAAAAUUAUUAAUAAAAAUGCUUUUGGUCAUCAACAUAGUAAAGUAUCAAUGUUUGCUUAUGCCGAUGGUAGUUUACGAGUAGUAGUUAUGUCGGCAAAUUUGUGUGAAGAUGAUUGGACCAAAUAUGCUCAAGGGAUUUGGGUGAGCCCAAAAUUUCCAUUGAAAGAGGAGGAUAAUAAGUCAGAUGGUAAUUCUAAAACUGAUUUUAAAAUAGAUAUUUUGCGAUAUUUAAAUUCUUUUAGGGAACCAUCAUUAGUUCCUUGGAUAAAAAAAAUUGAAAAAGUCGAUUUCAGUCAAGCAAAUGUGUUUUUCAUACCUAGUGUUCCAGGGAAGCACACAGAACCACUGUGGGGUCAUUUAUAUUUAAAAAAUAUUUUGAAAAAACAUGCUUGUCUACCAUUUUGUGUACCAUCAGAAUGGCCUAUAAUAGCUCAAUGUUCUUCUUUGGGGUCUUUGGGUACCACAGACGAAGAAUGGUUGAAAUCAGAGUUUGUCGAAAGUCUAUCCGCUUCUACCUAUUGUGAUGAUACUAAUACAGACAAUGAUCCUAUUCCCUUCAACUUGAUCUUCCCAUCCGUGAACAAUGUUUUGAAUAGUUGGGAUGGAGCUUUAGGUGGUAUCUGUUUGCCUUACAAUAAGAUUUUACAUGAAAAACAAUUGUGGCUUAAAAAAUACAUGUGCUUGUGGAUGUGUCAUUCACGAAAGCGAACAAAGGCCAUGCCUCAUAUAAAAACCUAUUGCAGAAUUUCACCAUGUUUGACAGAAAUGUCUUGGUUUUUGAUGGGUAGCGCUAAUUUAUCAAAAGCUGCUUGGGGCAGAAAACUUAAGUCUGAUGAACAGAGUAACUUCAUAAUGGCACACGAGGCUGGAGUUUUGUUCUUACCUCAAUUUUUGAUUGGAUCAGAUACAUUUCCUAUAGAUGAAACCGAACCAAAUAAAUUCCCAUAUUUUAGUUUACCUUUUGACUUGCCAUUAGCUGGAUACUCGGACACUGACCAACCUUGGACUAUAAGUACUAAGUAGGUAGAUUAGGAAUUAAAUUUAACAUUUGUAUGUAAUAAAAUAAUAUAGGUAUACUUUUUUUAUGUUUUAAUUUACCUUGUAAUGUUAAAAUAAUUUUUAAUUUAUAUUCACUUAAGAACAGGUUUUCAAUAUAAUAUUAUUAUUUAUAGAUAUUUUAAUUUAAUUGUAUGUAAUUUUAAAAUACAACAGUUUCCUAAAUACUGUAUACUUUUGUUUGAUUUUAUUUAAUUCAUUAACAAUAUUAUUGUAAUGCUAUUUAUUAUUUCAAUAUUUGUUAAUAAUAGCUAAUUAUUAAUUAAUAUCAAAAAUAUAAUGUUUUACUCAAAUGCAAUAAAUUGAUGGUGGCAAUCAAUUCAUUUGGUGGAAAAUUAAAAAAUGUUAUAUGUAUAUGAAAAAGGAGCACAAGUUUGUGAUAAAAAAUAAUAAUGUGGUUUAAACAUAGAACUACAUACAAUUUCACCAAACCUCAAAAAUAAGUCCAUAAUAGUUUUAAUAUUUAAUUUUAGUUUUGACAUUUUGUUAUGGUUGUAACAAUUUUUUAUUAAAUGUAAUUAUAAUAAAAAAUGUAUUUUCUGUACAACAAGCAACUAAUAAGUAAAUAAAUAGUUAUGUAGAUACCCAACAAUACAAAUUAA